AUGGGGUCUGUCGAAGCUUCUACCAGGCUGCUGCAGUUAGACGAGCCUCGUCCACCAACACCACCGCGGGAAGCACGCCUCGGUGCUGACACGAACGCCGCCAAGCCGCUCUCCGUGCGUGCGGCGUCUGCAGACUCUAGGUCGAAGCUCAACACGCCGCCAGGCCUCAGCACACCCGAUCCCUCUACCAACAACACCAAUCCAAACACAAGUCGAUCAAGGAAGCGGGUUGGCUUCACUGCACUUUUGGAGGCGCCUCGAAACACACACGAUAAGAAAGGCCGAAGAUCCUCGCCGCCGUCGGCCAGCCAACCGAGGCCGGCCAAGGGCAUCCUUAAGAUAACAGCUUCUCCUAGCCCCCACGAACUGUCCUUGAUGGCAGACGAUAGCGAUCUCCUGGGUCCUGCGAAUAUGUCCGACAUGUUGGAAUCAACCGUGAGGCAGCUUGCCGGAACCGACCGAGACGCCAAGACCGAUGCCUACAUGAUGCUCGUUCGCGCUCUGCAAGCUUCCAACAACUUGCCCGACAGAGUGGCCCUGCAAAGCAAGAUGGGUCUCUUUGUACAGUUUAUUCAGCGUGACAUUGUCGCCAAAACGCCUGCUGGCACUUCUGAUUCGCCUCUUGUCAGCAAGGCCCUCACUCUUCUCGACACUUUUCUCUUCUUCCCAGCGAUUGCUUCAACGAUACCCAGCGACUUUGGCAUUUUCAUUGUUGACCAUUGCAUUCGAUCAUUCGAAGACCCCGCGCUACCCAAGGAUCUGGCACGGCGCCUGAUGCACGUUAUGGCAAAGCAGGAUUUCCCCCUGAGGGUCAUGACGUCCGACCGCAUCAAGAGGCUGGUGAGCGCGCUACACGCCAUGGAUGGCCCUUCAAGGGGCAAGAUGGUCGUUGUUUCCCGCCUCAGGAUCUACGCUCGCCUCAUGAUACAGACCAAAGCGUACAUGACCGUGCAUACCGAGUGGCUCAACGAUGUCUUGACAGACAUGUUGAGCAGCGUUAAAGACGUCAGAAACUCAGCUAUCAAACUCGGGUUCGAAGCAUCCUUUGUGUUUGGGAGAGAAAAGCUUCUUCAGCGCAAGUUCAUGGACCUCCUUGAAAUGUCUAUCGAGGAGAUGACCUACAUCGAGUGGUACCACGCACAGCUUCAAGAAAUGAUCAAGGGUGAUAGCCAGGACAAGGCCGCCGUCCCCAAGAUAUGGAGUGUCAUUAUCCUUCUUCUUCAAUACCCCCUCAACAAGUGGCGUUACUUCAACCCCUCCCUAAUGAUUAUCCAGAAAUGCUUCAACGUCGCCGAGUCGAAUCGCGAGGCCAAUUACGCCUGGAAUCGCUAUGUCUACACGGCGCACCUCGACGAACCGACUUUCCACAAGGUCCUACCGACUCUCUUCAUGCCGCUCGCCAGCCAGCUGAGCAAAUCAACUGUCUCGCCGGUGAAGCGUGAGCUUGUCAUGGGUGGUUUGUGUAACCUCUACUACUACGCUUUCAAACCCAAUACAAACCCAGCCCACCUUGACGCCUACUGGGACGUGAGCGUCCAACCUCUCACAGAUGCCCUUGUUCCAUCGGCAAAUAUCCCUGACACGCUGGACCUCCAUCUUCAACGUGCGACAGCGAUCUUGAUUGGCUUGCUAGACUCCUCCACCUUGCGUAUCUGGCGGGAUGACCGUAUCAAGGACAGCCCGACAGCGAAGCCCGAAGAGCUGCCCGUGAUUGAUUCCAAAUGGGUCCGACGCAACGCCCCACGAGUCUUCAAGGUCAUCAGCCCGAUAAUGGACAAGCACUUUUGUCAACUAGCAGAUCGAACAAGCUCGAUCCACAAGCUCUGGCGAGCAUUGGUGGGCUCAGUCGCCUUUGCGGCAUCCAAAGAGAUCAAGGUUUCGACCGACACCGCUACAUUCGUCUCUGAGAUGUUCGGCCUGCUUCUGAAGCACUGGCAGACUGGCAUUUCAACAGAAGGAGACACGACUGAGACAGCGCGGCAAUUCAUUCGUGCUGUGCAGGAAAUGGUCCUGACGGCAGUCGAAUCCCUUGGCCUACUACCCUUUACCGAAAAGAUGAUCUCCCUGGGACGACUGAGCAGCUUUAUUCCCGUUGCCACCCCAUCUCAUCGGCCUGGGAAGAACCUCGGUGAUGUGCGUUCGCCACUACAGCAUCUUUUCGGACUGUUCUCAAGACUGCCACCAGGCAUCCCUGACGACGAAACCUACCUCGAAUUUCUGCGCGCUGUUUUCUCGCCCUUCUUUUCGACCACCAAGUCGGCCAAGACUCGGUCUGAGCUCGCCACAGAGAUGCUGCAGGCUGUCCCCAUCUGGUCUCCCACCACAUCUUUCUACCCUUAUGGACCUUGGGUGCUCGCUUCGGAAAGCAUGAUCGCCGCAAUGAGUAUAUCACAAAGCAGCAUUCAGACCACCAGCUCGAGCGGCGAUAUCAUUCUUGGACACGAGUACCGAUCCAUUGCCAAAAUGCUUGAAAGGGGGUGGAAAGAGACACCUAAUCUGCCACUCAAUUACUGGAAUGAGUUGUAUACAGCCCUAGCUAACCGUGCGGUUGAAGAGGUUGGCGAGCCUGGCAAGGCCAUUGGUGUGAUCGAGCCAUUAGCCAAGAUGAUCAGGGAAACUCUUCCCGCUGAUUCGUCUAUGGCUUUGCCACCCAAUGCCUUCCGUGUUGCAACCGAGCUACUUUCUUCAGCAAACCAUCCUCAAGAUCGACAUGCUCUGGAGGCAGCACGGCGCCGCGUAUGGGGGACAGCUGUUACCGGGUCAAGAGGCCCAUCGUUCGACCCUUUCGACCAUCUUUAUCAGCUCGUUGACCAUCUUUUGCUGCACUUUUAUGCCCUCGGCAGCUUGGAAGGUCUCGCUGAGGUCGCCACGCCUUUCUUUGAGGAAAUUUCCGACUUUUUGCUCCGUUGCAACCCAGUCCUUGUCCUCCGCACAAUCACCAACCUGGAGAGCGGCAUCUCGGUCUGGAUUCAGGACCAGCAAGGUAUUUUGAGCAGUCGUCGUGAUGGGGCUCAAACCGAAGCUGUCAAAAAACUUUGGACUACGGUCUGCAGCACGAUACUCUCCGGGGAACAACCUCAACUUGAAUCUUUUGAGAUGCUGCUCUGCGCUGGCUUCGAGAGCAAACACCGCCAAAUCGUGAACACUGCCGCUGAAGCGUGGAACCGCGUUUUUGAGGCUGCUGGUGAUGUACAAUACCCGGAAAGGCUGAAGGCUGUGCUCCUCUCCUCCCAGUCAGUUCUCGACCUGGUUCUUCCCGGCCUCCAGAUUCCCAGCAUACCCUCCGAAUCCCACAACCGAUCUUUUGUCGACUCCCAAGUCGACGUGCCGGCAGCGAUGCCGUCGUCUUCGCGAUCGUCUCGCCGGGGCGUUCUGACUUCAUCAUCAAAGUCUCGCCAGCUAGCGUCUUCGAGUCCAGCUAGGUUGAACUUGGCGGCAAAACAGCCAUCAAGCAGUACCCCGAAAAGGACACGAAGCAGUGCCCGAAGCACGCCGAAGUCCCGACUGAGGCACGACGACUCGCAGCUUCACUUCACGCCCGUCGAAUCCUCGCCACUCGCUGGGGCCCAGGAAUCCCAGAUUUUGACGGAACGACAGCAGGAGGUCCGGGAGAGGCAGAAGGAUGCUGUCGCUAUCUUCCCCGGCCUCAGGAGCAGUCCUCUGAAGCACGAGGCGGCGGCGGCCCAGCAGUCAUCGUCCAAGGUGACUGCAGCCGAAUCACGUAAGCAAAGACAACGAGAUGUUACGCCUGAGGGACGCGUAGAGGAGGAGGAAUAUGUUAUUUCCACCCCCACUCCUCGGCGUGGUCAGGCGCUAGCCAUGAUCGCCGACGACCAGGACAUGACCGACCCUCCUUCAUCGCCACCAGAGCCUCGCCCAUUCCCCCUGUUGCCGCAUCUCAAGACUCGUUCCAGCCUCGGCGAGGUCGACCAAGAUUGGCCGAUGAGCUCGUCUCCUGUGAACGGAUCUCCAGUCGUCAGAAAGGAGCACGCCGCAGCCAACGAGAUCCCUAUUCUCGAUAUUACUGGCGACGAAAACCACAACCCAUCAAGUCUCGACACGCACGGCUCGGAAAUGGUCAUUGACGAUUCCUUCCAGAUGGAAGUCGUUCCAUCCAGUGUCGCUUCAGAGGCAAGACUACCAACACACAGGAAGGAAGUGGUGGUCAUUGACGACGACGAGGCCGAGGAUGAUGACGACGAGCCGUCGACGCCCCGAGCCCGAGAUGACGUCGAUGAUGUCAAAUCCGAUGAGCCUGACGUCUUUGUCGAUGCGUUGACGAGUCCCCAGCAACCCCUGACCCGCUCGGCGAAGAAGGCGCUCGAGCGCCAAGCUGACGCGGAAAAGGACGGCUCCUUCAUCAUGAGCGACGGCGACGAGAACAGCAUGCUGCGGCUCGUCGUUGAGCUGGACUCGCGCCGUUGCAAGCUGCCCAUCAACCGUCACCCGGCCGAGUCCCCGUCCAAGCACGAGGACGUUAAGGAGGUCUUGGACUGCAUCACGGUCGUCGCGCCCGAGGAUGGUGAAGACGAGGAAGACGAGGCGCAGGAGAAGCCCCGCCGCAAAUCAAAGUCCAAGUCCCGCUCGCCAGGUCGUUCGCAGAGCGUCGUGGAAAUGUCCGCGCCGUCCUCGGCGAGUGAAACCUGCAGCAAGAAGAAGAAGCGCAAGAGGUCCGCGGCCGCGAGGGAGGAAUCGACCAACAAGAAGGCGAAGCCGAGCCAGGAGGGCCUCCGCAGCCGUCAGACGUCGGUCCUCACGGAUCGCUCGGCGGCCUCGUCGUUCUGCUCCGACAGCCACGCCGGCGACGCGGAAGGCCCGUCCUCGCCGGGACACCCCUCGACGCCUGCCAAGGAGACGCGCACCCGCAAGGCCUCGGUCACGCCCCGGCGCCGCAGCCGCAGGAUCUCCAGCGACGAAAAGGACACGGACACGGAGCUCGAGUCGCAGCUCGCGGCCGAACAGAUCGCCGCCAGCCGCAGCCAGUCGCUCGCUGUCGAGGAGGCCGUUACUCUCUCGACGUCGGUGUCGCGGGAGGCUUCGAUGGACCUCAGCCACGACGUCACGCCUCGCGCUUCACAGUCCGUCGCUAUACCGACCGUCGAGGAGAACGAGGAGCAGGACAAGGACGAGAGUCAGAAGCCCACCAUGCUCGACUCGCUGACCGGCGUCCUGGCGCAGCUCAAGUCGGCCACGCUCUCGCGAGACGAGGUCUACAAGAUGGAGGACGUCCUCAUGGAUAUCAAGAGGGAACUCUUUGCCGCCGAGAAGAGGGGAAGGGCAUGA